GAAACUUAUCCGUGAUACGUGUAAAUUUCUGUAUUCGUGUCAGGAGCCCAAUUCGUUGUAAGAUUUUGAGGGAGUCAAAGAAAGAAACGGACACGGGAGAGGAUUUCGAUCCUAUUUUUAAAGCCUAGUGUGGAGGGAGAGUCUGUAUCGUUAUAAAACGUAGAGAAAUUUCUGAAAAAAAUCUUCCCUCUCGUAACUCUUCGUUCUCAGCUUAAGAACAUUAGCAUUUAAAGAUACAAAACCAUCGAAUUUCAUUAACCCAUUUGCCAGAAAUCUUAAUCGAUUUCGUUUAGAAAAGGGUAUUUGUCUGUUUUCAUUUUGGUGGAGUAGAGAUGAAGUUCUGCAAGACUUAUCAGGAAUACAUGCAAGGACAGAAGCAGCCAUUACCAGGGGUUGGAUUGAAGAAGCUGAAGAAGAUCCUGAAACACUGUAGGGAAGAGGUUCAAUUGCAGAGAGACAUCAAUGGGGUACUUAACCCCUCCACAUGUCCCCACCAAUGCCCAGUGUGCGAUGGAACCUUUUUCCCCUCUCUCCUCAAGGAGAUGUCCACAGUUGUGGGCUGCUUCAAUGAGCGAGCACAAAAGUUGCUCGAGCUACACUUGGCGUCAGGCUUCCGAAAGUGCUUUAUGUGGAAAGGAAGGAACCAUGUUACUUUAAUUCAGGAAGGCAAGGACCUGGUCACCUAUGCAAUGAUCAAUGCCAUUGCCAUCCGAAAAAUUUUAAAGAAGUAUGACAAGAUCCAUUACUCUAAACAAGGCCAGGCUUUCAGAUCACAAGCUCAAAGUAUGCAUAUUGAAAUCCUUCAAUCUCCAUGGCUUUGUGAGUUAAUGGCUUUCCACAUUAACUUAAGGGAAACCAAGGUCAAGAUAAAGUCAGUCUCAGGAUUUUUUGAAGGCUGCUCGCUUGUGUUUAAUGAUGGCAAGCCAUCACUCUCUUGUGCAAUCUUUGAUUCAGUGAAGCUCGAUAUUGAUCUUACAUGUUCUAUAUGCUUGGACACAGUGUUUGAUCCAGUGUCUCUCACAUGUGGUCAUAUCUUCUGCUAUAAGUGUGCAUGCUCUGCAGCAUCAGUGAGCAUCGUGGAUGGCCUAAAGUCGACAGACCAUAAAGCAAAAUGCCCUCUAUGUCGAGAGGCAGGAGUUUUUGAAGGUUUUGUAUUUUUGGAGGAGCUGAACAUUUUAUUAAGUCGAAGUUGCCAUGAAUAUUGGGAAGAACGGCUUCAAACAGAAAGAAAAGAGCGGGUGAAGCAGGCAAAGGAGCACUGGGAAUCCCAAUGUCGAGCUUUCAUUGGAGUCUGAUUGAGAUUUGAGAUGUCAAAUACAACCUCAGUUCCAUAUUGCCACUGUCUUUUCUAGCAUCUCUCAGUCUUGUGACGAGUCGUGAGCAGAGUUAGGUCCUUAGGAUUUAUUUGAAAUUUUCUGCUUCCUUUCUUCUUCAGCAUUUGUUGUCCCUAAAUGUAGUUUGUUCAUAUCUUUUUCUGGAUUUUGUCUUUGUACAUAUAAUUAUGCAUGUUUGGCUCCGACUCUGAUGAAGAAAUAAGAAAUCUUGGAGAUUCGGUC